CUCCUCGUCCCUGAAGUGGCACCGGCGGCGGCUCGGUGAGCGGCAAGCCGAAGGGGCGCCGCCGCCGCCCAGGAUGAACCGCCCGAAGCCCGCGGCCGCGCGCCGCCCCAGCGCCGUGGCCAAGCCCUCCGGCCACCCGCCGCCCGGGGACUUCAUCGCGCUGGGCUCGAAGGGCCAGGCCGGCGAGUCGAAGGCGGCGGUCGCGCUGCUCAAGCCGGCCGCGGCCGGGCUGCCCUCGGAGCGGAAGCGGGAGGCCGCCGCGGCGCUGUCCGGGGCCGCGGGGCUGGCGGGGCUGGCCAAGCGCCCCAAACUGUCCUCGACGCCGCCGCUCAGCGCCCUGGGGCGCCUGGCAGAGGCCGCCGUGGCCGAGAAGCGGGCCAUCUCGCCUUCCAUCAAGGAGCCGUCGGUGAUCCCCAUCGAAGUGGCCCCGACCGUCCUGUUGGACGAGAUUGAGGCUGCGGAAGCCGAAGGCAACGACGACCGCAUCGAAGGGGUGCUGUGCGGGGCUGUGAAGCAGCUGAAGAUGAAUCGAGCCAAGCCUGACACAACGCUGUACCUGAGCCUGAUGUACCUGGCAAAAAUCAAACCCAACAUUUUUGCCACAGAAGGCGUCAUUGAGGCUCUGUGCAGUCUUCUCCGUCGAGAUGCCUCCAUUAACUUCAAAGCCAAAGGGAACAGCCUGGUGUCCGUCUUGGCUUGCAACCUUCUCAUGGCAGCAUACGAGGAGGACGAGAACUGGCCCGAGAUCUUUGUCAAGGUGUACAUUGAGGACUCGCUGGGGGAGCGCAUCUGGGUGGACAGCCCCCACUGCAAGACCUUUGUGGAGAACAUCCAGACGGCGUUCAGCACCCGAAUGCCCCCAAAAAGCAUUUUGUUGCACGGGGAGGUUGGCCGCAGCGGAGGGGAUCUUAGUGCUGGCAACAGCCCACAUCCCUCCGUGCCAGAGGAGGAGGACAGCCAGAGUGAGCUGCUGAUCGCCGAAGACAAGAUGAGCCCUGAGCAGGAGGGACAGCUGAUGCCCAGGUACGAGGACCUCGCGGAGAGCGUGGAGGAGUACGUCCUGGACAUGCUGCGGGACCAGCUCAACCGGCGCCAGCCCAUGGAUAACGUCUCCCGGAAUCUCCUGCGCCUGCUGACGGCCACCUGUGGCUACAAGGAGAUCCGGCAGAUGGCCGUGCAGAGGCUGGAGAUGUGGCUGCAGAACCCCAAGCUCACCAGGCCAGCCCAGGACCUGCUCAUGUCGGUCUGCAUGAACUGCAACACCCACGGCUCCGAGGACGUGGAGGUGGUCUCCAACCUGAUCAAAAUCCGCUUGAAACCCAAGCUCCUCCUCCAUCAGUACAUGCUCUGUGUCCGGGAGCUGCUGAACGCCCACCGGGACAACCUGGGCACCGUGGUCAAGUCCGUGAUUUUCAACGAGCUCUCCAACGCCCGGAACCCCAACAACAUGCAGAUCCUCUACACGGUCCUCCAGCACAGCCCCGAGCUGGCCCCAAAGUUCCUAGCGAUGGUGUUCCAGGACCUGCUGACGAACAAAGAUGAUUACCUGCGGGCGUCGCGGGCCUUGCUGCGGGAGAUCAUCAAGCAGACCAAGCACGAGAUCAACUUCCAGGCGUUCUGCCUGGGCCUCAUGCAGGAGCGGAAGGAGGCCCAGUACGCCGAGAUGGAGUUCAAGGACCGGUUCGUCAUCCACAUCACGGACCUGCUGGCCGUCUCCAUGAUGCUCAGCAUCACCGCCCAGGUGAAGGAAGCUGGGAUCGCGUGGGACAAAGGGGAGAAGAAGAACUUGGAGGUGCUGCGUGCCUUCCAGAACCAGAUCGCCGCGGUUCAGAGAGACACCGUCUGGUGGCUGCACACCGUGGUUCCCUCGAUCACCAAGCUGCCCCCCAAGGAGUACGUGCACUGCCUGCACAAGGUGCUGUUCACGGAGCAGCCGGAGACCUACUACAAAUGGGACAACUGGCCCCCCGAGAGCGACCGCAACUUCUUCCUCCGCCUCUGCUCUGAAGUGCCGAUCCUUGAAGACACGCUCAUGCGCAUCCUCGUCAUCGGGCUCUCGCGCGACCUCCCCCUCGGUCCGGCCGACGCCAUGGAGCUGGCUGACCACCUGGUGAAGCGGGCCGCCGCUGUGCAGGCAGACGAUCUAGAAGUCCUGAGAGUGGAGAGGAUCCAGCUAAUCGAUGCAGUUUUGAACCUGUGCACUUACCACCAUCCGGAGAAUAUCCAGCUGCCCCCUGGCUAUCAGCCUCCCAAUCUGGCCAUUUCGACUCUCUACUGGAAAGCGUGGCCGCUUCUGCUCGUCGUCGCCGCCUUCAAUCCCGAAAACAUAGGCCUCGCUGCCUGGGAGGAGUAUCCCACACUGAAGAUGCUCAUGGAGAUGGUGAUGACCAACAAUUACUCCUACCCUCCGUGCACGCUGACCGAUGAAGAGACCCGCACGGAGAUGAUCAGCCGGGAGCUGCAGAUCUCGCAGCGGGAGAAGCAGGAAAUUCUAGCCUUUGAGGGGCACCUGGCCGCCGCCUCCACCAAGCAGACGAUCACUGAGAGCAGCAGCCUCUUGCUGUCGCAGCUGACGAGCCUGGACCCCCAGGGUCCUCCCCGCCGGCCGCCUCAGCCUGUCCUGGAUCAGGUGAAGAGCCUCAACCAGUCGCUUCACUUGGGGCACCUCCUCUGCCGCAGCAGGCACCCCGACUUCCUGCUCAACAUCAUACAGAGACAGGCUUCCUCCCAGUCGAUGCCGUGGCUGGCAGACCUGGUUCAGUCAAGCGAAGGGUCCCUGGACGUUCUCCCAGUGCAGUGCCUUUGCGAGUUCCUUCUGCAUGAUGCGGCUGAUGAAUCGGCCUCCGGCGAGGAGGAAGAGGAGGGAGAAAGUAAAGAGCAGCGCGCUAAGAAGCGGCAGAGGCAGCAGAAGCAAAGGCAGCUGCUGAGCCGCCUCCAGGACCUGCUGCUGGGGCCCAAGGCAGACGAGCAGACCACGUGCGAAGUCCUGGACUACUUCCUGCGGCGGCUCAGCUCGUCCCAGGUGGCCUCGCGGGUUCUGGCCAUGAAGGGCCUGUCCUUGGUGCUUUCGGAGGGUGGACUCCGCGACCGGGAAGAGAAGGAGCACCCAGUGGAGGAAGACCCAGGUGACACGGAGCUCCUCCAGGUCUACCAGUGGCUGCUGAGAGACCUGCCGAAGCUGCCGCUGUUCGACGGCGUCCGAGGGACCACUGCUGUGGCGCUGCAGCAGGCCAUCCACAUGGAGACGGACCCGCAGGCCAUCAGCGCUUACCUGGUGUACCUGUCUCAGUACGCGCCAGUGGAGGACCAGGGCCAGCACAACGAGCUCGCUCUGGAUGUGGCCCGGCUGAUUGUGGAGCGCUCCACGAUCAUGUCUCACCUCUUCUCCAAGCUCUCCUACUGUUCCGAGUCGGAUGCCGUGCUCGUGGCGCUCCUCUCCAUCUUCUCCUGCUACAUCAAGCGCAUGCGCCAGAGCAAGGAAGGCGAGGAGGUUUACAGCUGGUCGGAGUCCCAAGAUCAGGUGUUCCUCCGCUGGAUUAGUGGGGAAACAGCGACGAUGCACAUACUGGUUGUCCACGCCAUGGUGAUCCUGCUGACACUCGGGCCACCGCAAGCCGGGGACGGUGACUUCUACACCUUGCUGGACAUCUGGUUCCCGGAGAAGAAGCCGCUUCCGACAGCCUUCCUGGUGGACACCUCUGAGGAGGCCCUGCUCCUCCCAGACUGGCUGAAGCUGCGCAUGAUCCGCUCGGAGGUGCCCCGCUUGGUGGAUGCCGCACUCCAGGACCUCGAGCCCCAGCAGCUGCUGCUCUUCGUCCAGUCCUUCGGCAUCCCCGUCUCCAGCAUGAGCAAGCUGCUGCAGUACCUGGAUCAGGCUGUGUCCCACGAUCCUCAGACGCUGGAGCAGAACAUCAUGGACAAGAAUUACAUGGCGCACCUUGUGGAAGUCCAGCAUGAGAGAGGAGCUACUGGGGGGCAGACCUUCCACUCCCUUCUCACGGCCUCCCUGCCGUCUCGCCGGGACAGUGACGAUGCCCCCCGGCCCAAAAGCAACCUGGAGGCCCUGCAGGGACAGGGCAGGAUCAGAGCGCUGGCCCAAAUCCGAGUCCUCGGUCCAGACGAUGAUUUGGCGAGCAUUCUUCUCCAGCUGUUUCCACUGGCGCCGGAGCCACGGUGGCCCAGCUCGAACCCGCGGCCCCUCGCCCUGGCCUUGCAGCAGGCGCUGGGGCAGGAGCUGGCCCGGGUCCGCCGAGGCGGUGCCCCAGUGCCGGGAAUGGCGGCGCAGCUGCUGCAGGCUCUGGCGGCCCUGCUGAACUCCCCGCACGGCGGGGCCCUGGUCCUGGCGAUGCACCGGCACCGCGUCGUGUCCUGCCCGCUCAUGCGCCUGCUGUGCCGGUAUCAGCGCUGCGUGCCCCGCGACACGGCCUUCUCCUCGCUCUUCUUCAAAGUCCUGAUGCAGAUACUGCACUGGCUGGAGAACCCGGCCGUGGAGGAGGGGCCCCUCCGGGCUCAGCUCAAGUCCUUCGCCAUCCAGUAUUCAUCCAGGCACAAGAUCAAUGACGUGGCGGUCCGGGGCGGGUUUCUGCACCUGGCAGAAGCACUGGCUUUCCGCCACAACGCCGACGUGAUCGGCUCCACCGUCUGCGCCAUCAUCACCACACUGAAGUCCGGUGAGAAGUUCAACGUGGAGCCGGAGCUGGUCAGCAAAGUGCUGCGAGGCCUGACGGAAGCGCACUCACCGUUCCUGGAGGAGCUCCUGGCAGCGCUCUUCUCGGUGACCAUGGAGACCUCUUCCCGCCUGCCCGCCUCCGGGCCCAUUUCCUUGGUGAGCUCGUUGCUGCUCCAGGACAAAGACGAGAUCCCUGUGAAGGAGGAGCCGGAGAGCCUCAGCACCGAAGCGGCUCAGCCGGGGGCUUCCUCAGGCCUGUUCAUUGACUGGCUGGAGUUGCUGGACCCGGAAGUCAUCAGCAGCUGCCCAGACCUCCAGCAGAGGCUGCUCUUCUCCUGGAAUAAGGAUAAGGGCCCCCGCACGCCGGAGCCGCCCUCCUUCCGCCCGUACCUCCUGGCCGUCCUGACGCACCAGUCCAGCUGGGCCACGCUGCACCGCUGCAUCAAGGCCGUGCUCUGCAAGAACCGCGAGAGCAGAUUUGACCCGACCGCUUCCUUGGAUUUCCUGUGGGCCUGCAUACACAUCCCUCGGAUCUGGCAAGGGCGAGACCAGAGGAUCCCUCAGAAACGGCGGGAAGAGUUUGUGCUUCGGCUCACAGCUCCCGAACUGAUCAGCCUCGUGGAGCUGAUCCUGGCGGAGUCAGAGACCAGGAGCCAGAAUUGCAAAGAGGCCUCCUGCUCGCUCAUCCAGUCCAGGCUGCCGCUUCUGCUCAGCUGCUGCUACGGAAACAUAGAGAGCAUCAAAAAGGUAGCCGAGCACCUGGCGUCCUGCAUCCAGCAGCUGGGGGGCAGCUCCAUGGGAAAGCAUUGCCAAGGCCUCCUCCUGCAAAUCUACCUUCAGCUGCCGGAGCUCCUGGUCCCUGUGCCGGAGCUCCUACAGUCCAGCGAAGGAGCUGCGGAAAGCAGCACCUGCAAGCUGGAUGGCCUGAUCCACCGGUUCAUCACCCUCCUGGCAGACUCGGGCGACUCGAAGAUGAGCGAGAACCGGCUGUGGGAUGCCAACAUGGCGUGUCGGAAGCUGGCGGUGGCCCAUCCUAUCCUGCUGCUCAGGCACUUGCCGAUGGUCGCGGCCUUGCUGCACGGCCGGGUCCACCUCAACUUCCAGGAGUUCCGCCAGCAGAACCACCUCACCUUCUUCAUCCACGUCCUGGGCAUCUUGGAGCUGCUGCAGCCGCAGGUCUUCCAGAGCGAGCACCAGGGGGCGCUGUGGGACUGUCUCCUCUCCUUCAUCCGCCUGCUUCUGAGCUACAGGAAGUCUUCCCGCCACUUGGCCACCUUCAUCACGAAGUUUGUGCAGUUUAUCCACAAGUACAUCACCAUCAAUGCUCCGGCCGCCGUCUCCUUCCUGCAGAAGCAUUCCGAUCCGCUCCACGACCUCUCGUCGGACAACAGCGACCUCGCCAUGCUCAAGUCUCUCCUGGCCGGGCUGAGCUCGCCCAGCAAGAACGGCACGUCCGACCGCGGGGCCGACAACGAGCGGGAUGAUGAGGCAGUGGCAGGUUCUUUGCCCCUUGUCAGCGUCUCCCUCUUCACUCCGCUCACCCCAGCCGAGAUGUCCCCCUACAUGAAGAGGCUUUCCAGGGGCCAGACUGUAGAGGAUAUCUUGGAGGCUCUGACUGACGUCGAUGAGAUGUCCCGACGGAGGCCAGAAAUCCUCUCCUUCUUUUCUACUCACCUGCAGCGGCUGAUGAGCUCUCCUGAGGAAACCUGCCGCAACCUUGCCUUCAGCCUCGCUCUGCGCUCGAUACAGAACAAUCCCAGCAUCGCAGUCGACUUCCUCCCCACGUUCAUGUACUGCCUCGGCAGCUGCGACUUCGAGGUUGUCCAGACGGCCCUGCGGAGCCUGCCGGAGUACACCCUGCUUUGCCAAGAACAUGCCGCAGUCCUGCUGCAGCGGGCCUUCCUGGUCGGGAUGUACGGACAAGUAGACACCAGCUCCCAGAUCUCCGAAGCCUUGAAGAUUUUGCACAUGGAAGCCAUGCUGUGAACACAGGGCCCGGGACGCCAGUGGGGUGGACAGGCUGCGGUGGCCCAGACCCCGUGAGCAGUGGAAUGUGAGGGGAAAACUCCUGCACGGUGGCCCGAGGAAGAGAAGCCCGUGGCGCUCUCGGGAGGCGUCUUCUGGAAAAGGAAGGAAAGGCCCAAGGCAGGCUUCGCCAGCCCUAGCAUCCUUCAGAUGUGUUGGACUACAACUCCCACACUUCCCAGCCAGCGUGGCCAAGGGCAGAGCUGUCUUCCAACGUAUCUGGAGGGCACCAAGUCAGGGGAGAGUAGGGGAUGCCAGUCCGGGUGUCCAUUUAGGUGGGAAGCAACAUGCCUCGAAGUCCUGGUCAGCGUUGUGUACCUUCAGUCAGCCGCGGAUGAGGAUGGCAGGCAACCCCUCGUACCUGGGAUACCAACAGAGAAAAGUCACCCACUGGGUUCUUCCUUGGGGCGUGGCUCCCCCCAGCCCAGGACGUCAAAAGGGGUGCUGUUGUCUCUGCAGGGGUGAUCUAAUCAUGUUCGUUACUCAUUUAAAAUUAAACGUAAUGUUACUUCCAUUGUA